AUGCUCUUGGCCCGAGCCUUGGGCUGGCUCGCCGCCUUCACCCUCUCGGGGGUGCCGGUGUUCGCAUCACCGGCAAGCCUGGGCAAACCCCACUGCCAUGGUAGAGACAGCAAGCUCCUCGGGUCUCGAGCCCAGGUGCAAACACGUACAUCGAGAAGCCCGGACCCACGCGUACUAGACGAGGUUCUGGGCGCCCUCAAAGUUCUCCAGGACAACUACUUCGAGCCCUGGAAAGGGACGUGGCCCGACGCCAUCGACUGGACUGCAGCUGUUAUUGGCACCCAGGUCUCGGGUGCGCUCAGCUCCCUCUCUCACGCCCUGGCCGCCGGCGACGGGGAUAGCGAUAAGGACCGCGAGAACCUGAUCGCCCUCUAUUUUUCCCAGAUGCUGGGCUUCUACUUUGGGCAGAACGACAUCGCCCUCCGCGCCCAGGCCUAUGACGACAUGCUGUGGGUGGUUCUCGGGUGGCUAGAGACUGUCAAGUUUGUCAACCUGCACUCGCACCUCUACUACCCCUCUGGAUCUCCUCGUCUCCUCCCGGGGCAGCAGCAGCUCCUGGAUCAAGCCACGGGCAAGGCCUACUUUGGUAACAUCUGGACACCGGCCUUUGCCCACCGUUCUCGCAUCUUUUGGGAGCUCGCGUACAAGGGAUGGGAUACCAAGUGGUGCGGCGGCGGCAUGAACUGGAACCCGCACGCCCAGACCUACAAGAACGCCAUUACCAACGAGCUCUUUAUCGCGGCCUCGGUCUCCAUGUACCGGUACUUCCCGGGAGACGAUAACGAGUCACCCUUCAACCUGCCCGGCGGACGACACGGCCCCCACACCAAGCACGAUCAAAAGUACCUGGAUGCUGCCGUGAAUGGCUACGUCUGGCUCCGUAAGUCGGGCAUGCAGAACGGGCCCGGUCAGGACCCCGAGGGUCUGUACGUGGACGGCUUCCACAUCUCGGGCUGGGGCGAUCCGAACAGUAACAACACAGCCUGCGAUGCUCGGAACGGCAUGGUCUACACGUACAACCAGGGUGUCAUACUCACUGGACUCCGUGGUCUUUGGGCCGUCAAGGGGGACGAAUCGUACAUCACCGAGGGCCACCACCUGAUACGAUCCACCAUCAAAGCCACGGGCUACGAUCUGGAUAAGGACCGGCCGAUGGACAACAUUGGCGACCUGAAGCCCGGCGAGCUGCCGCCGUGGCGCGGCAUGGGCCGGGCCGGCGUGCUAGAGGACCAGUGUGAUGUGAGCGGGUCGUGCUCUCAAGACAGCCAGACGUUCAAGGGCAUCUUCUUCCACCACCUCAUCACCUUCUGCGGGACGCUCGAAGAGGACUCGUCGGCAUCGGAGAGCCUCCGGGCGACGCACAGCAGCUCGUGCAAGUCGUACAGGGGCUGGGUGGAGCACAACGCCAAGGCCGCCCAGGCCACGCGCGAUGCGAAGGGCCGCUUCGGCAUGUGGUGGACGGCGGGCCUGCUCGACAUUGUCGUUGAGGAUCUUAAGACGGUCAAGCCACGAUCCAGCUCGCCGGGCGCUGUCGCUGAGGAGGAGUCGGUCGAUUAUCGGACGUACGGCGUUCCCGAUACCCUGGAGUGGGUUCCGCAAGGCGGUGCGACACGUCCGUCUCUGGGCGAUCAGAUGGCCGAGUCGGCGGAGGAGGACGCGGGCGCCGAGCGUGAGCCUGCCGGAGGGUUCAUGGACCAGGUCGCCUUCUCGGUGCAGGGUGGGCGACGAAAGGGGUCGGACCCCAACGACCGGGGACGCGGCCGGACGGUGGAGACGCAGGCUGGAGGCCUGGCGGCCCUGAGGGCCGUGUGGGAGCUCUCCAACCUCGGUUGA